AUGAAAUACGACAAAAUAUACGGCGAACCCAACAAAUUUAACCCGGACAGAUUUAUGCCCGAAAAUGCCUCUAGGCUCGUGCCCUACGCGUACCUACCGUUUGGGGCCGGGCGUCGCAGUUGUAUCGGCACGCGGUUCGGCCUAUUCGUGAUAGGGCGCUCGUUGUGUCACGUGAUCGCACGCUACCGCUUCGGACGAUAG